GGGCGAGGGAGUGUGUUGCCCGUCGCCGGAAGGAGGGAACCGAUGCAGUUGUGGCGCGCUUGCAGUUUGUCGUGUUCUAUGAUUUCUUUACAAGUUCGGUGCCCUCCAUAGCUCGAUAAGUUCAUGAGAUUUAUUCAUCUUAUAUGCUGCGGACUCUGUCGUAUACACCAAGUCCGUGGACUGCACGUUGGCAGCACCUGUCAUCGUAGAACUUGGUAUCCGCAGGUUAACAAGAUCAUACUUGUAGCAGAACGCACCUGCCUUGAGCACUUCUUCUGUCUAGGACAGGAGGUGGCGUUGAUGCGUUUGGUGGGUGAUGCGAGGAGAAGAGAGAGAAUGUUUGCUUGCUGUGCCGUUGCAUCAAGUCCUUAACGUCAC